UGUCUUCGCACAUAGUUGAAUAAGUUAUUGGCCGAUAGCAUUAAAAAAAAACUCCACCGCGACCACUAUAAAACAUUGCGAGUCCCGCUACUACUCUCAUUUCAAAAACAGUUACCAUAAAACCUUAAGUUGCCAAUUAACCACAAUUUUGGUGCAGCGGGUAAAGUUCCGUCCCAAAUUAAGAAACAAAAUGCGGUUACUGUUUCUUUUACCCCUGUUGCUUUGGAAAGCUGUCGAUGCUACCCCAGCGAAAGUAGUUUGCUACUUCAGUAACUGGGCCGUAUAUCGUCCUGGAGUGGGGAGAUACGGAAUUGAAGAUAUUCCAGUCGAUCUUUGCACGCACAUAAUCUAUUCAUUCAUCGGGGUUGACGAUAAGAAUUGGGGAGUGUUAGUUAUAGAUCCAGAACUGGAUGUUGAAAAAAAUGGGUUUAAAAACUUUACAGCACUAAAGUCAAAAUAUCCAGCAGUAACCUUUCUAGUUGCGGUGGGAGGAUGGGCGGAAGGUGGUAAGAAAUAUUCCGAAAUGGUCGCGGCUAAACCUAAACGAGAUUCAUUCAUAAAUAGUGUAGUGAAUUUCAUUGAUCAAUACAACUUUGAUGGUCUCGACCUGGAUUGGGAGUAUCCCGGAGCUGCCGAUCGGGACGGGUCAUUUUCGGAUAAAAACAAUUUCUUUUACUUUGUUGAGGAAUUACGAAGAGCAUUUGAUAGACAGAAAAAGAAUUGGCAGCUAACUAUGGCGGUACCUGUUGCCAAAUUCAGGCUGCAAGAAGGAUAUCACGUUCCGGAACUGUGCGAGUUGCUGGAUGCGAUACAUGCGAUGACAUACGAUUUACGAGGAAAUUGGGCAGGAUUUGCAGAUACCCACAGUGCGCUAUAUAAGCGUCCUCAUGAUCAGUGGGCGUACGAAAAACUCAACGUUAACGACGGACUAGAAUUAUGGGUUAAUUAUGGAUGCUCACCCAAAAAGUUAGUGGUUGGAAUUCCGUACUAUGGCAGAACAUAUACUCUUAGUAAUAGUAACAAUGACUAUAGUUUGGGCACAUACAUCAACAAAGAAGCUGGAGGUGGCGAUCCUGGAAAGUACACCAACGCAACCGGAUUCUUAGCUUAUUAUGAGAUUUGCCCCGAAAUUUUGAGUAAAGAAUCAGGAUGGUCUGCCAAAUGGGACGAGUAUGGAAAGGUGCCGUACGCUUACAAGGGCAAUCAAUGGGUCGGUUAUGAAAAUCCAGAAAGUGUUCAAAUUAAAAUGGAUUUCAUUAAAAGUAAAGGAUACGCAGGCGCAAUGGUUUGGGCAAUUGACAUGGAUGACUUCCACGGAUUAUGCGGUCCUAAAAACGUGCUCGGUACAAUACUAUACGCAAAUAUGAAAAGCUAUUCCGUUCCAGAACCAACAGUCUCGACAACACCUCGACCCGAAUGGGAUCGCCCACCAAGCACACCAUCGGGCGAUGAAGCAAUGAAGCCAACCGCCCCAUCGACGACUAAGAAACCCGAUAAAUGGACUCAAACUACACCCAAGCCGCCCAAACCCUCAACUGCCCGACCCACCAAAACGACUACCGUUGCACCAGCAGAAGUUCCAACAGACCCUAAUGAAAAUUCUAUAGACUGCGAGGGGAAAGACUUCGUGCCGCAUGACGAUUGUGAUAAGUUUUACCGUUGUGUUCAUGGAAGUUUGAUGAUACAACAUUGUCACGACAAUACUGUCUUUAAUACCAUUACCCAUGUAUGCGACUGGCCUAACAAUUCUGAUAGAGAUAAGUGUCAAAAUCUUAAUUAAUUCCUUUACUAAUGAUUGUUAUUUAGCAUAGAUUUAGAGAUUGAAUGUACAAAGUAAAAUAAAAUAUUAAUUAUCA